AUGUUACUUUCUUCAGACCAUAAUAAUUUUGCAGAUCCUCCAAACUUCCUGUACUGGUUUUGGUUCUUUGGAUAUUUGUGCGCAUGCGUUAUUUUGGCGGUUUUCAAGCUUUACCUCCUUCCCAGUAGUUAUAAAUCACGAAAUUUUACUCACAAUUCAACUGCAAGUACGCACGCGCCAAAUUUUAAAUGUAUUUGGAGCGUGGUGGACAAUCGAACAAAGUGUAAACCAGUAUGUGGACACGGUUAUUUCGGACUUUACGGAAUGGAAGCUUGUCAUCCAUGGCUGGACUGUGAUGAACUUAAGAGCAUUAACGGCUCUGAGAAAAUACCGUUAAGUACUCCCGGUUCUGUAAAACAGGUUCGAAUAUCUAAAUGGGAAGGAUACGAUGUAGUCGUCAAAAAAUUGAGAGAUUACCACAUUGGUAGAAGGGCCCAUACAGAGUAUAAACAUGGUUUACAAAUACUGAAAGACUUCUCAAACCAUUCCGAAGUCCUACAGCUGGUGGGAUUUUGCGACAGUGUUAUGGUGACAGAAUUCCACGCACUGGCUGACGCCAAUAACCUCGAAAAACACUUGAUGGUGUACAAAGACUUUGAUAAUGUUUCCACGAGAUUUCAGUUGUGCCUCGACUUUUUAUACAUUAUGACACUUCUCCAUUCUGGUCAAGGCGGGAAAGUUUACGCUCACUGUGAUGGUAACGCAGUAAGCAUUCUUCUUUGGCAGUUUCUUCUGACAGACGACUUUCGACUCGUGAUCAGUGAUGUUGACGCACUAGUGGACCUUGAAAUACUCAAUGGUGUUACUCAGAAGAAGGUUUGUCCCGUAGAAAGUCGGAAUUACUCGGUGCCAUUCAACGCGCCAGAACAACAUUGGCCGUACAAAGAGGAGCCCUUCAACAUAUCAAGGAUGCCCCCUUAUGACGAAAAAAUUGACAUUUGGAAGAUCCCGGAUGUUUGUAAAAGUUUUCUCCAUUAUAUGCCUCUAAAAAUUAAAAUUUUGCCCCACCUAAGAGACAUAAACAAUCGGUGUAAAAGCAAAGACCCACAAACCCGCCCCAAAGCAUCAGAAGUUUUGGCGGUAUACCGUGACGUUCACAGACAUUUGAUUGGAAAUGGUUCAACUAUUUUAAGUUUACAUCAUACUUAA